GUUUGGUAAGUUCAACAUGGGGGAGUUGAGACAUAUCGCAAAAGAAACCCAACGUUUGAUUUGGAGGAAGAAGUUGGGAAAACAUUUCUAACAUUUGGUGACAGCACAAAGAUAAAAUUAAUGAUGGGAAGGCUUAUGUGGUUAUGUGCCUCUCUGUUGCUGUACACAUACUGUGGAAGGGAAGGCCUUGCAGUUGCAGAGUUAGUCAACAAGCAAAGCUCAGAGGAAGAAAAGGCUAUUCAGAUGUUUGUGGAGUUUGUUGAUAAAUAUGACAAACCAUACAAAUUUGACACUGAUGAAUACAAACACAGAUUUGAGGUUUUCAAGGGAAGUUUGCGCAGACAUAAAGAGCUGAACAGAAAUACCUCAUCAACAGGUGCUGUUUAUGGAAUUACAAAAUUUUCAGAUCUCACUCCUGAAGAAUUCAAAGCUGCAUAUUUAAAUGGAAUCAGAGGAAAUGACAAGCGUGGCUACAAAAGUGCAAAUGGGUAUGAACCAGAUGUAACAAAAUUAGAUUUCAAGGAUCUACCCAAGAAAGUGGAUUGGCGAGACAAGCAUAUUAUCUCCCCUGUCAAGAACCAGUUACAUUGUGGAGCAUGCUGGGCCUUCAGUUCUGUAGAGACAGUUGAGAGCAUGUAUGCCUUGAGCACAGGUGAAAAGGUGCCCCAGCUGAGUGUCCAGGAGGUGAUUGACUGUGCUGCAGGGAAUUUAGGAUGUGAUGGCGGAGACACCUGUAGUGCUCUGGACUGGAUGAUCAAGAGUGCUACACCUCUAGUGCCAGACACAGAGUAUCCUCUGACGGACAAGUCACAGUUUUGUAAAAUCAUCUUGAAUGGAACAUCCGGCGUGUUUGUGAAGGAUUACACCUGCUUAAGAGAUCUUUAUCGUAAUGAAACGAAGGUGCUAUUGUUGCUGGCUAAUGUCGGACCAGUCACCGUGUCAGUUGAUGCCACCACGUGGAAUGACUACCAAGGGGGGAUAAUUCAGUACCACUGUCGAGGUGCCACCAAUAACCAUGCCGUCCAAAUUGUGGGUUACGACUUGACAGGUGAAAUUCCGUACUAUAUUGUUCGCAAUUCAUGGGGCACAGAUUUUGGCAAUGCUGGCUACUUAUAUGUGAAAUAUGGAGGAAAUGUUUGUGGAAUCAGCCGGGAAGUGUCAACAGUGACAGUUUGACAUCAGACAUCCUGAACAGGUGAACAGGUAGACAGCAAAUUGGAGUGCCUUGUCUUAGCUAUGGUGUCAGGAAUACAAAUGGAGACUGAAACUGUGAAAACAACAUGUUGGUAUCUUAAAUAAAAAUAAAUGUGUCCCUCUGUAAUUUUGGUAUUGUUUGGACAAUUUUUUAAUAUAUUCAUUACAUGGUGCUAUCAAGAUGAUAAAUAUGAAGAUCAUCAGUGAACACUCCAUAGCAAUAAUCAAUCUUUCAGUGAUAUAAAUUUGAGUGCCCUUAAACCAUCUAUCCACUAUAUCCUAAAAAUAUCAUCUUUAGUAUGUUGUUUGUGAUUGAAACUGCUGUGUUGCCAUAGUAGUUUAAUUAUUGGCUUGGUGAGUUUAUUUUUGUGCUCAACAAUUUCAACAGCCAGAUUCUGGCCAUAAACUCCAAUUCCAGUUUUCUGCCAAUGAAUAUGCUAUAAACUGAAUGUACAGUUUGCACCUGUAGAAUGUGUAGGUCGGAAAAAACAUGAAAUACAUUGUAUAUACUUUCUCAUCUACAUUGUUCAUGCCCAUUUGUGAGCGGAACAAGGGAGAUAACUUGUUUUUGUGUCAAAAGAUUGUUAUGUUAAUGUGUCUUGAGAAGAAUUUUGGGAUCAAACAAAUUUAUGUUUUCAUUUUUAUCUGACAUAUGCUUGUUUGGCAGGUUAACAGAAAAUUCACUCAAAUGAACCAAAGCUGUUUGUUGUUUUCAUUUUUAUGUGAUUUACAGUAUGUCUGCCAGGGUAAGAGAACAUUCAUUCAAAUGAACCAUUCCAACUGAACUCCUUUUCAUACAAUACUCUUUAUCUUUUAGGUUAUGCUUUUUUGAAGGUGUGUUUUAGAACAUUGGUUGUUCCAGUAGAAUAGACCAACCUUUAAAGAGAGUAUGGAUCACCUAAAAGACCUUUUCUUAUUGAUUACAGAUUAGGUUUUCAUGUUUUUUUUUUAAAAUGUAUUUCAGUGAAGAAAAUGCAAAGGAAGAUUUACAGUGAACUUUUUGAACCAUACUGAACAAGCUAAUGUCACUGUAUCAUUUUAGACAUUAGGUGAACAUGCUUUACUUUCUAUAUUUCUACAUUUAGCAUAAAUAUUGAAUUGUAUGUAAUAUUGAUA